AGGGCGGCGGGCUCGGUGCGGGGACAGGCCCGCGGUGACGUCGCGGAGAUGACAAAAAAAAAAACGACCAGCGCAAAACCGGGGAGGACGGGCGAGCUCCGCCGCUUUUCCGUUUCUGCCCCGGCUGGGAAUUUACCGACGCGCCCUCCCGCGGACGGAAGCGGAGCGCUUUGAGGGCCGGACCGAGAGGCGUUCGCCGGCAAGGAAACAAUGUCCGCGGGCCGGCGGUUCCGCGGGUGCGCCUGCUUUUUCACCGACAACAUCUUCGUGGGGCGCUUUGGGCUCCACGUGCGGUACCGGGACGGGCCGCAGCUCCGCCGGGACCACGGCCGGGCGCUGUGGGAGCGCGGCUGCCGGAGCGAGGAGCAGUUCCGGGAGGUGCUGAGGGAGAUUGAGGCAGAAGUGCAGAGAAGAAAAGAGUUGAUCCAUCAGUCAGUGGAACGCAGAGCCAUCAUCUCCAGGUGCUACAAACCAAAACACCCAGAGCUGUACACUCUGCAGGAUUCCUUCCUGGCCCCGGAGUUUCUGGAAAUCGUGAGGUUCUGCACAUCCCCAGGUGCUGAUCUCCAGGGCCUCCUGAGCCACCUCGAGUCCUUCUCAGAUAAGAGGAUCUAUCGACUCCCAGUGUUCACAGAGGAGUUCUGCCAGGCCUUUGUGGAUGAGCUGGAGAACUUUGAGCAGUCGGAUAUGCCUAAAGGCAGGCCCAACACCAUGAACAACUACGGGGUUCUGCUGAACGAGCUGGGCAUGGACGAGCCUUUCCUGACGCCGCUGCGGGAGCGGCUCCUGCCCGUCACGGCGCUGCUGUACCCGGAGCUGGGCGGCGCCUGCCUGGACAGCCACAAAGCUUUCGUGGUCAAGUACUCCCUGCACGAGGACCUGGACCUGAGCUCUCACUACGACAACGCUGAAGUCACCCUGAACGUUUCCCUGGGAAAGGAGUUCACAGAAGGAAACUUGUACUUCGGGGAUUUCAGCCAGGAUCCCAGCCCUGUGCCCAAAUACAUCGAGGUGGAGCACGUGGGAGGCCGGGGGCUGCUGCACCGAGGGGGGCAGAUCCACGGGGCCCUGCCCAUCGCCUCCGGGGAGCGCUGGAACCUCAUCGUGUGGAUGAGAUCGUCGGCCAUCCGAAACCAGCUGUGCCCCAUGUGCCGCAGGAAACCCGAGCUGGUGGAGGCGGAGGGGUUCGGGGAUGGCUUCACAGAGCCCCUGCGGGAGGAGGAGGCGCCCCAGACCGUGGAUGUCUGUGCCUUGGGCUAG